AUGUUGGUGUCUCGCCAUGCAGCGCGCGGGUGGGAGCACGGCCUGUGCGCCAUGAGCCACACUCCUAUAGGCGGCAACCCGCAAGGUUGGGAGCACAAGCUUGCUGAUAGGUCGUCGCUGCCGCCAGCUUCUGGGGAGGAGAAAAGCAAAUCUCAGUCCAAACAUGUGUUCACACACCCACACUUGUCCAAGAUGGGAGCGGCGGCGUGGCGCGAAGAGACGGAGGGCUCGUCGGGCAGUUUGCCGCGCUCGCCCGCCUCGCCGCCCUACAUGCGCUGGGCCCGAAGCCUGCACGAGCUUCUCGAGGACGCGGAGGGGGUGCGGCUGUUCCGCAAGUACGUGUCCGGCGCGGGCGGGCUGCACGUGGACCGGCUCAACUUCUACUUCGCGGUGCAGGGCCUGCGCCAGGAGUCGGAGGCGGCCAAGAUACGCCAGGUCGUCUCGGCGAUCUACAAAUUCCUCCGCAAGUCGCAGCUAGCGAUGCCCGAAGAGCUGAAGCAGCGGGUGAAGCAGAGCCUCAAGGAGGGCUCUGUCAUCGAGAAGACCAUCUUCGACCACAUGGAACAGGAGGUGACACUCGCUAUCACGGAGACCACGUACCAGGCGUUUCUGCGCUCGGAGGCGUACGUGUCGUACGUGAGCGCCGCCACUCAGCCGCUCUCCUCGCCCGACACCGAGCCCCACCACCGCGACGUCGCCACCCUGGGCUGUGGGCUGGCGACGCUGCACGAGGGUCAGGAGCUGAGCGCCGGCGCCCCCGCGCGACUCACUCACGACGCCCUGCUCGCCACACAGACGCGCCGCCUGCACUCGGACGCCGCCCCCCACCGCAAACGGUCGGUGUACAGCGCGCACGUCACGUACGCCGGGUACUGUCCCGCCUCGCGCCAGGACUCGGAGCGCGCGAGCCUCAGCAGCGGCCGCACGGACAGUGACGCGGUCUCGCUCUCCGGUAGCAGCGUCGACGGCAUGUCGGGGAGGCCCCGCGAGCCGCGCGAGUCCCGCCACCGUCCGCGGCUGCACGGCCUCGACCGCCACGCCGUCAUCAACAAGGAGCAGGACACCGCGAUGGUGAUACCGCGCACGCAGCGCGUGCAGUCGGAGCAGAUGCGCGCGCUCCCGCCGCAGGAGUUCGCCGCGUUGCUCAGCGAGAAGCUCGAGCGUGUGAGGCGCGACAUCGACGCGAAGGAGCGGCUCGAGCGGCGCCUGGCGGAGGGCGACGGCGAGGAUGCUUCCACUCAGGCGCUACCUCCGCAACUGGUGGCGGCAGCCAUUCGCGAGAAGCUGCAACUGGACGACGACAAUGAUCAGGAUAUCCUCGACCAGCACGUGUCGCGCGUGUGGUCGGAGCGGACGCCGGGCGCGUCGCCGCCGGGCGGGCGGCGGGCGCGGGCGCGUCACGCGACACACGUGACGCAUGUCACGCAUCCGACGCACGUCACGCACGCCGCGCGCCGCGCCGCCUCCGCCCUCUCCGCCGACUCGGGCCACUACGACGCCCCCGAGGGGCUGCACCACCCGCACUCGCUCACGCGCAGAUCGUUCUCGAAGAAAACGGCCACCGAGCUGACGGACAGCGGCGUGUCGGUGGUGAGCGAGGGCACCGCGAGCGGCGUGAGCGCGGCGAGCGUCGAGCCGCGCAUACUUCUCUGGAUCGCGGAGGGCUCCGAGCGGCUCGAGAGGCUCGAGCGGCUCGAGCGACUCGAGCGUCGCCACCGCGACCUGCCCUCGCGCGCAUCGAGCGCCGAGCGCGACGAGCCCCGGCGCCGAGCCGACCGCGCCCCGCCGCGCCCACGCGGCGGCGGCAAGGCGGGCGGCGGAGCGGGCGGGCCCGAGCACACGGUGGUGGUGGUGAGCUUCCUGGACGAGAACGUGCCCUACCGGUUCAAGGUGCCCUCCGUGCCGCUCACCCUCAAGACCUUCAAGGAGUACCUGCCCCGGAAGGGGAACUACAGAUAUUUCUUCAAGACGGAAUGCGCCGAUUUGGACAACACCGUGAUACAGGAGGAGGUGAGCAACGACAACGACACGCUGCCGAUGUACGAGGGCAAAGUGAUGGCGCGGGUGAAGAAUAUCGAGAACGGUUUGGGCGUCGAGCGCAGUGGGAACAUUUGGCGUGUGUGCAUACGACAAUAUAAAGUCCACCUUGAAACUGGGCCCCGACCGAAACAAGCUUCGAGCUCCGCACAAACUACUCCGAACUCGCGCUGCGCUAGGUGCCGGCGGAAUUGUUCGCUCGCACCGCCACCAAAUACGUGUUCCGCCGGGGCCACGCGCAGCGCGACAUGUCCAUAU